GCAAUGCUGUUGCACGAUUUGGCAGGUUUACAUUUUUAAUAGCGGAAUUGCAUGUUCAUUCGCAAUGUAUCGUUAGAAAUAUAGACCUAUCAAAUCAGCGUCACCUAUGCGAAAUCGCAACAACGUCGCAUCGUUCAUCUGAACCGGAUUUUAUGUUUCUCGUAAACUUAUAAAGAAACAAUUGCACAUUUAUUACCGCUUGCAAUUUAAAGGAUCCCAGGAGUACAGCUAUUCGAUUUGCCAGUUACGCGUUGUAUGUACCGAGUAUUUAGUAACGUCCAUGACAACUGACAAUAACGGCUGUGAGUCCGAAGAUGUGUUUUCCGAAAAGUAUUCCUUAUUGUAAACCAUUUCGCUUGACUUGCCUGCGUGAAGUUCCGCCGAAAUUCUAAUGGGAACCGAUCCUACGAGAAUAUAUUUAUAUAACAUCGAUAAUUCUAUUUUCAAAUAAAAUAGUGAAAUAUGUAUAACAUUUUCAAUAUUAGUUUAUUUGGUCGGUUUCCACAAAAAAUUUCAAGGAACGGAACGACCAUUUAUCUAAUCGACGCAUGCGUAAAGCAAUGAUUUAAAGAAUGCCGAAACGUCCGUGUCCUUUCGAAGAUGAUUUACCACCCCAGUUAAAGGUACACGUAGGUGAAAAACAAGUAAACAACGGCGUCUGUCGAGAGGAACGAAUGAAAAGUGUUUAUGGAAAAACAAUGGAUUUAUUAAAAGAUGGUGUUAAAAAACUGUCACAAAAAUUACCUAUUUCCAUGGAAUUAAAUCCUAUUAUACCAUCAAAUGUACCACCAUCAAAAGUAUCAUCUUGCAAAUCCAAAAAUACUUUAAAACAAAUGGUAUUAAACAGCAAAUUAGAAUUAUUAAGAAUGGAUAAAGCCAUAAAGGAUGUUCAACCAAAAUAUGAUCUUUGUGAUUGCAGUCGAGUAAUAGAUCAAAGCAUGUUUAGCAAAUGUUCCUAUUGUGAUCAUAUUUUAUGUAACUCAUGCCUCAUUGAGUGUAUAAAUUGCUCAGAAUUAUUUUGUCAAAACUGUUUUGUACCUAUAUAUGGUCAAGAAGAACAAAACAAGUGCCUUAAUUGUUAUAAAUAAAAUCAUAAUAUUUUAU